AAAUCUAUUCAGCGGAUUCUUAGAACAAAAUGGCGGCGAGCAGGAGCUGAUGGAGCCGACGAAUUCUAUAAAGCUGUGAACGACUGGAUUGUAACAUGACUUCAGAUAAAAGUGCAGCCGCUGCUAAAGAAUAUGCCAAGCAGCUUGGAGAUAUAUUCAAGCAUGAAUGUGAGCUAUCGAGGAAAAAGGAGUCCUGCCAUCAGUUGGCUGAGUUUUACUUGGCAGUAGAAAAAGACGUGCACAAAGCCAAGGACACUUUCAAACUAGCAUGUGAAGAGCUUGGUUUGAUGGAGAGCUGUUUUGCAUUAGGGAACCUGCACCUGACCUCUAAAGAACUCAAAGACCCAGAGGAGGCCCUGAGACUGUUUGGAAUUGCAUGUGAAAACAAGCAAGCCGGUGCCUGUAAUAACGCUGGUCUCAUCUAUCAAAGUGGCAUUGAACAAACUCACAUCAAAAAAGACAUUAACAAGGCUAUGGAGUUCUUUGGUAAAAGCUGCACUGAGGGAAAUAAAAACGGCUGUUUUAACCUGAGUGCCAUUUAUCUGAUGGGACGUGAUGGAAUCGCCAAGGACAUGAAAAAGGCAUUUGAUUACUCCAUGAAGGGAUGUCAAAUGGGCCACCCUUGGGGUUGUGCGAAUGUCAGCCGCAUGUAUGCACUUGGGGACGGAGUAGCGAAGAAUCCUGAAGAAGCUGCAAAAUAUAAGAAGCUGGCCAAAGAAUAUUCAGUAACUGAAGUAAUAUUGUAAAUCAAAAUUAAAUACUUGUGUCAAAUAGAUUCUUUCUUAAGAUGGAAACUAGUGAACAAUUAAAUAAAAGGACUCUUAAAAACU